AGUGUACUAUCUGACUUUUUGCUUUUCAAGACCUUCCUCAAAAGAGAACUGAAUGAGGGAGAAUGGUGCAUUGAUAAAAGUAUUUACGUUCAGUGUGUGGUACAUUUUUCACGACAAUGGACCACUCCAUUAACUCCCGUCCGCUACUUCAGCCCAGUGACAGUGAUUUUGGUGAAUCCGACGAUACUCGCGCUUCCAAUGACGAAGUUGAGAUUCGUUCUGAGACAAAGAAUGAACCCACUGACCGACUUAACAUCAUCUACAUGAUAUUCUACCUCCUGGGAAUGACCACACUCCUCCCAUGGAAUUUCUUCAUAACAGCUGAGAAUUACUGGAUGUUCAAGUUCCGGAAUGUAACAGGAAAUGACACAGAUGUCCUAACACCCAUCCAGAGGACCUUUACGUCGGACUUGAGUGUGUCCUCAGCUGUUCCCAAUACAGUUUUUCUGGUCCUAAAUGCCUUUCUCAGCCACCGAAUUCCCCUGAAGCUACGAAUGAUGGGCUCGAUGGGGAUCAUCUUUGUCCUUUUCAUCUUUACAACAGUCUUCGUGGAAGUGGACACAGAUUCUUGGCAACGGGCUUUUUUUGCCAUCACCAUCACUACGGUCGUGGUAAUGAAUAUUGCUGCAGCAAUCCUCUCCGGAGGACUCUUUGGAAUUGCCGGACAAUUCCCUUCUGAAUACAUGACAGCCGUGGUCAGUGGCCAGGCACUUGGGGGCAUUUUUGCUGCACUCUGUGAAGUCAUCUCUCUGACCUUCGGAGCCUCCCCGAACACAACUGCUCUGGUCUACUUCAGUGUGGCCAUUGUGGUCAUGAUAAUCUCCCUCUUGGCCUACUUCCUCAUGUCCAGGACCAUUUUCUUCAAAUUCUACACCUCAAAUCGCUCCUCAGUGACCCCUCGACUCCAGGAUGAAGCCCAUCUACUCGGAGAGCCCCCAAUUGCACCCGAUUUCCGGCACAUUCUCCGGAAGAUCUGGCUCUAUGGCUUCUCCGAGUGGUUUGUCUUCGUGGUCACUCUCUCAGUUUAUCCCGCCGUCACGGUUCUCGUGACCAGCGAGAAUCACGGCAAUGGACACCUUUGGAACGAUGUCUUCUUCACCACCGUCGUAAACUACUUGGUUUUCAAUUCCGGGGACUAUUUAGGACGCAUCAUAGCCGGACUCUUUGAAUGGCCUCAAAACCGACCUCGCCUUGUGGCUUUCUUUACACUCAUCCGGGCAGGAUUUAUUCCCAUCUUCCUGAUGUGCAAUUCAACACCGCGCGAAAAUUUGCCGAUCAUCAUACAUUCCGACAUAGUGUUCAUCCUCCUGAUGUGCAUUUUUGCCCUGACCAAUGGCUACAUCGCCAACAUUGCCCUACUCUGUGCCCCGAAAAUCGUUGCAAAUCACGAAAAGGAAAUGGCAGCAUCGAUGAUGGCAGCCUUCCUGGGAAUAGGAUUGGCCUUUGGUUCUGGAUUUGGGCUACUAUUUGUGCAAAUACUUUGAACACUGUUUCCAGUAUUCUCACUAAAGAACAUUCUUAGAACAAUUGUUGUUGCAGAAUUUUAGAGCCAUUUCUUAGACGAUCACGUUUGUAGAAUUUUUCAUGUGAUAUUUCUUUUGCGCGUAAGUCUUUAAAACUUUUUUAUAGUCCAAAGAGGCAAUGUUUUAUUUUAUUAUGUGUACAGUAGUCCAAUUCGUAGAUAAAUAAAUGGGUGACAAAUAUAAUUAAA